UGAGCUCCUUCUGUUUCAUUGUGCACGUUGUGUCCUCAAGCUGCAGCAGAGCAGAGCGGAGCGGAGCGGCAGCAGCGGAGCAGGCCCGGCCACAAAUCUCGGCUCCGCUCGCCCUUCGAGGCCUGUGUCAGUCGGGACAUGCUGCCGCCGCGCCGCGCGCGAGCGUCCGCGUCCAAAAGGAACGCGAGCACCAGCUGACGGGGAGCUGACUGGAGCAUGCUGCACCCCAUCAGCACAUUGGUUUCUACUUAACGGUGCACGCAUGCACGCGCGAUGAGGGCGGAUCGCUUCCGCUUGGAAUAGCUCUUUUUUCCCCCCCUUUCUUUUUUCUUUUUCCAUUUGUGUAACUGUCAGACAAGAAGAAAGGCGGCGAAAAGAAGACUCAAAAGGAAGGAAGCAGGGCGCCGCCGCCAUGGGCUGCGUCAAGAGCAAAGAGGACAAAGGCCCCGCCAGCAAGUACGGCGCGGACAACACUUUGCUGUCCGACCCCAACGUUGCCGCGGCGACGCCCCACGUGGGCCACUACGGGCCUGAUCCCACCCAGCUACAACCCGGUCUAGCACCCUCCGCCUCCUCCUGUUCCGGAGCCACCAACUUCAACUCUGCCUUCACGCCCUUCGGGGUGUCUUCGGCCGGCAUGACCCCUUUCGGGGGGGCGUCGGCCUUCACCGGCCCUGUGUCCAACUCCUUCACAGGUUCUGUCCCAAGCGGCGUGACCUUCUUCGUGGCGCUGUACGACUACGAAGCUAGAACAUCGGACGACCUGUCGUUCAAGAAAGGCGAUCGCUUCCAGAUCAUCAACAAUACGGAAGGAGACUGGUGGGAAGCUCGCUCCAUCACCAGCGGCAAAAAUGGUUACAUCCCUAGCAACUACGUGGCCCCCGCAGACUCCAUACAGGCGGAAGAGUGGUAUUUUGGUAAAAUGGGCCGGAAAGAUGCGGAGAGGUUGCUGCUGAAUCCAGGGAACCAUCGAGGGACGUUCCUGGCGCGAGAAAGUGAAACCACCAAAGGUGCUUUUUCGCUCUCCAUCCGCGACUGGGACGAAAGCAGAGGCGACAAUGUGAAGCACUACAAGAUCCGCAAGCUGGACAGCGGCGGCUACUAUAUCACCACGCGAGCACAGUUUGACACUUUACAGAAGCUGGUCAAACACUACUCGGAGCACGCCGACGGCCUCUGCCACAAGCUGACCAGCGUUUGCCCCACCGUGAAACCUCAGACGCAAGGUCUCGCCAAGGACGCCUGGGAGAUCCCGCGAGAGUCCCUUAGAUUGGAGCUCAAGCUGGGCCAGGGCUGCUUUGGAGAAGUCUGGAUGGGCACGUGGAACGGCACCACCAAAGUGGCCAUCAAGACGCUGAAGCCGGGCACCAUGUCGCCCGAGGCCUUCCUGCAGGAGGCUCAGAUCAUGAAGAAGCUGCGGCACGACAAACUGGUGCCGCUCUACGCCGUCGUCUCCGAGGAGCCCAUCUACAUAGUCACAGAGUACAUGGUCAAAGGCAGCUUACUGGACUUCCUCAAAGAAGGUGACGGAAAGUUCCUGAAGCUUCCCCUGCUGGUGGACAUGGCCGCACAGAUUGCCGAUGGCAUGGCGUUCAUCGAGAGGAUGAACUAUAUCCACCGAGACCUGCGGGCCGCCAACAUCCUGGUGGGCGACAACCUGGUGUGCAAGAUUGCAGACUUUGGUCUGGCCAGGUUAAUCGAGGACAACGAGUACACGGCGAGGCAAGGAGCCAAAUUCCCCAUCAAGUGGACGGCACCGGAGGCGGCGCUGUACGGACGCUUCACCAUCAAGUCGGAUGUGUGGUCUUUCGGCAUCUUGAUCACCGAGCUUGUCACUAAAGGCAGAGUGCCCUACCCGGGUAUGGUGAACCGCGAAGUCCUGGAGCAGGUGGAGCGCGGCUACCGCAUGCCAUGCCCGCAGGGCUGCCCCGAGUCGCUGCACGACAUGAUGAAGCUGUGCUGGAAGGAGGAGGCCGACGAGCGGCCCACCUUUGAGUACAUCCAGUCUUUCCUCGAGGACUACUUCACUGCCACGGAGCCCCAGUACCAGCCCGGGGAGAACCUAUAGUAUGGAUCACCACGGGGGGGAGGGGGGUACUGUUAAGUUGGGCAUCAAGUUGCAUAAUACCCUCAGCAAUCUCGCUGCAGCCCGUAGCUGCAAAUUUGAGAUUCGGCUCGAUUUGUUGCCAUGUUUGACAAGGUAGGCGGAUAAAUUAUGCAUUGGAAGCAUCAAUUAUGAAUAAAGCUGGAAUGGAGAGUCCCGCCGGGGACGGACGGCCUUCUGUCCUAGCAUGUUGUCCAUACUAGGUGGUUGCUUGCUUUCAGAAUAACUACGCAUUCAAAGGCCUUUCAAAGUCAGACGUGCUCACAAUGGCAACUUUUUCAUUGAAUUGUAUCUUGUUGCUUAUUAAAAAAAAAAAAAAAAUGCUGCACAUUCUGACUAAACCUCUUCAACAUAUGAUUGAACCUUGCAGCUAUCUGCAGUACGUGUACGUCAAGACAAGCAAGAUACAUGAACUUGUUUAUGUAGCCAUCGUGGGAAUAACCUUAUUAAGCUUCGAGAUACUUUUUUUCAUGUAAGCUAACUGCAAAUGAUCAAAGGGGAAAACUCACCAUGGGAAUUUGUACAAUAAAGGAAUGAGUUGGA